CUCUCAAAGAGCUUGUGCUGGGCUUGACUUCACGUCGCGUUGUAUUCCUUCUCUUCUUCACUUCUACGAGGCCCGAUCAUAUAGUGACAGCCUUGGCCCAACGUUCACCGCUGCGGCGAUUGGAUAUGCGACACUUUCCGAGACAGAAUGCAACGCGCAUGGGUGUCGUUGCGCAGAUCCAAUGCCAGACUGCUGGGUUAUAGUGCGGCAGGCGCUUCUUGCGCGUUCCUCGGUCAUCAACAAUGGCAGAGCCGGCAUAGACCUAUCCUGCUAGACAGCAAGACCAAAUGGCCAAACAGGACUGGAGCUGGCGACAACGACCAUUCGAUCACUAGUGAUGAAACUCCGUUGCGUGAGAAGUUCAAACGCGCCGCACAGAUUCAAGCUGGCGAGGUCGAAGAUAGCGAUGAGAACCAGAGCAAUCCACCUCCACCUCCUCAGACCAAAGGUCAUUCAUUAUUUAAUGAGGAAGGGGAUGCACCAGAUGUCUUUCAAACAGCGUGGCAAUCAGCUUCUGGCAAGCUUGUGGCUGUGGGCGAGUCAGUUUCUGGGCUGGACCUCAGUGGCCUGAAGAGUGCUAUCAUUGGCUUUGUGGUACCUGGAUGGCUGAGAGAACUGCCAGACCUGUUGACCAAAUUACAAAACGAGCUUUCUAUGGCACCUUGGUCACUCAGUUGGGAAAUCUGGGAAGAGGCUCACGACCCGGUUAUCAACCCUGAGAUUUUGUGGGACGCCAACGUACGGAUAUCAGAGCAGCUUUGUGUAGAGGAGCAGGACUUCCUUGCGAAGCGCAAACAGCACACGGCGAAAGCACUUGCGCGAUAUCUGGAACUAUCAGAAUCGGAGGUGCAUCCAGAGGAUGUGCCUACAAUAGCUCUUUGCGGAUCUGGUGGAGGUCUGCGUGCGCUCGUCGCCGGCACAUCUUCCUACUUAUCUGCCCACGAGUCGGGGCUUUUCGAUUGUGCCGCAUACACCGCCGGAGUCUCUGGAAGCUGCUGGUUGCAGACUCUGUACUACUCAUCAAUAGGCAACUUGAGCCACCAGAGCAUCAUCGACCACUUGAAGUCUAGGAUCGGUAUUCACAUUGCAUCGCCCACUGCCGCUCUGACUCUCUUCAACCAGGCGCCAACCAACAAAUUCUUGCUCAGUGGUUUUGUAGAAAAGCUGAAAGGUGUCCCGGAUUCCGAUUUUGGUCUUGUCGAUGUAUACGGACUGCUCCUCGCGGCGAGACUGAUGGUGCCCCGUGGCGAACUGGACGUGGAUUACUACGAUCUCAAAGUCUCAAACCAGAAGUAUUACACAGAAGAAGGUUUGCAGCCUCUACCGAUUUACACUGCGGUGCGACACGAGAUCCCAGACGCACCCGCAGACUUCCGCAGCCAGGCGAAGGAGGCCAGAUUUACGACCAAACACUUUGACUGGUUCCAGUGGUUUGAAUGGACACCGUACGAAUUCUUCUGCGAGGAACUCAAUGCUGGCAUCCCAACCUACGCUAUGGGUCGGCGGUUCGAAGCCGGCAAGACCGUCUGGAAGGAGAACGGGCUGUGUCUGCCAGAGCUGCGGGUACCACUUAUGCUUGGUAUUUGGGGCUCUGCCUUCUGUGCAACUUUGUCUCACUACUACAAAGAGAUCAGACCUAUCAUCAAAGCAGCAGGCUUUGGUAAGCUUGACUCCGUUUUGUCGCAGAAGGACGAAGAUCUCGUCAAGGUCCACCCAGUCGAUCCCGCCGUGAUCCCAAACUUUGUUCUUGGGCUCCAAGACAAGCUGCCGGCAGCGUGCCCCAAGAGCUUACAUGAGUCCGCACAUCUCCAGCUCAUGGACGCAGGCAUGUCUAACAACCUGCCCAUCUACCCCUUGCUGAGACCCGGUCGAGACGUGGACGUCAUCGUUGCAUUCGACGCAUCCGCAGACGUCCGAACAGACAACUGGAUCAAAGUCGUCGACGGUUACGUGCGCCAACGGAACAUCAAAGGCUGGCCUAUGGGCGCAGGCUGGCCUCCAGCGGGCGAGUCGACGACAGAGAUAAGCCAGGACAUGCAACUUGCAGAAGCAGCGGCGGUAGCGCACGCCCCAAAGACUCUGGAUGCAGCACAGAGCGGUCAUACUACCAACAUGGAGGAGCUAGGACCCUGUACAGUCUGGGUCGGCACGAAACAGGAACGUGAAGAAUUUAUGGAAGACCCGCCCACGAAACGCCUAAAACACGACGCCUCCGAUGACUGGCAUAUCCGCGAUCCAGACGCGGGCAUUGCCCUAGUCUACUUUCCUUUUCUUGCAAACGACAAAGUCCCAGAUGUUGAUCCUAUGAAAUCCGAAUUCAUGAGUACGUGGAAUUUUGUGUACACGCCUGACGAGAUCGACAAAGUUGUGCAGCUGGCGAGGGCAAAUUUUGAAGAAGGGCAAGCGCAGACAAAGAGGGUGAUUAAAGCUGUGUGGGAGAGGAAGAAGGCUGCGAGGUUGAGAAGAGAGAAGGAAGAAUUGGAUAUUAGGAGAUCUGCUAGAAUGCAGAGGGGUUCCGCUCACAGAUGGCGGAACGCUGAUCAUGGUCAGGGUGAUCAGUUUGGUGGUGUAUGAUUGGCAUAUUUCGCUGCAAAGGAAAGCAGUAGUUGGUUGAGAUUGUUAUUUGUAUAGACGAACGUAUACCCCAGAUUUACUAUUGUGAGACUUGCAC